AUGCCUUUCGCAGAUACGGUUUCGAUCGUCAGCGGACGCAAUAGUCGAGCCAGCAACGUUUCGGGAGCCACAGGCGCUUCUCGCUCUCAUCGCGCUCCGCUCGCGGUCAACGACACGAUGGCCAACGCUGGCGUGCUCAGCAUGUUAAAGACUACAGGCGACAUCGGCGCCCUCUCCUUCAACACAUCCCGUCUGCCUUCCGUGCCCAGGGCGACUCAUGCGAAGAGAGGACAUCGCACCAGAUCUUCCAUCAACGGACCGCAUCAUAACCCUGGCGUCCCUUCCAAUCAUAGCUAUGCACCAUCCCAAACCUCUCGCGUGAGCUCGCAGUGGGAUGCAUCCUCAACGCAUCGGCGAGGCUCUCUCACGAGUAUGCAGAGCAUGCCGCCAUCUCUCCCUCCAGCACAUCUCAGCGGCAAGCCAUCCCUCGGAACGAUGCCACCAACACCGGACAACCCACGAGACAGCCGCUCAUACUCGAUGACUUCUGCCCCAUCCGGCCAGCCAUUGUCCAGACAGCGUUCGGCAAGCAGUUUGAAGAGCCAGGGACAUGAGCCACUUGGACAUCGUAUGCCUCCUGGACCUGUUCCUCCCAUGCCCGAGAAUCGUGGACCGUUCGUGUACCCGACCAGACUCAAGCGCCCCGGCUACCGAUCACCAUCACCCGCGCUGAGUGACACCUAUGCUGGCCACGCUCCGCCACCUGGCGCGUAUCCCAUCGGACGAGGCACUGGUGUACCCCGCGGACCACCGCCACAGGCUGUGUACAACGGCUACAACACCGGAUACCCCAUGGAGUAUGUCCAAGAUCCUCGUCACCUCAACGUCCGACCUCCGCCUCGAACUGCGAACAGUUCGCCCGGUAACAUGGGCUUCAUGCCGAACCAGUUCGACUACCGGCAGGGUGCUCCGAGACCAAUGCCGCCUAUGCCUAUGCCGCAUCAGAUGCCGCAGCCGUCGAUGUACGCUCCUCAGCAGCCACUACCGCGAAACCAUCCAGCCCCUCCUUUCAGUUCAUACGGUGCUCAAUACCCAACAAGAAUGGCAUACAUGCCGCAUCCUCACAUGCAGUAUCAAGGUCCACGCGCACCUCCGCCACCAGCGAACCCCAACAUUGCCCCAAUGGCACACCACAUGUUUCACAAUGCUGCUAGGAUGGCUCGCAACGUGCCAUAUCGUACUGACACCCCGAUGACUGCUGGUGACAGUCCGCCAAGUUCCGACCCUCAAUCCUCAAGCUCCGCGCCGACAUCAUCGAACCCGCCUACGCCCAAGGACCACACCACGAUCAGAGUGGGUGUCGACCCAGCCUUCAUUGACCCUGCGCUCAUGGAUCUGCCCGACUCGUCUAGCGAGCCAGUACUGCCCGCCAAGUACUUCGAGUAUGCCGACGGCCCGCUUGAAGAUCAUGAUAUGGAAGUGCCGCAUUCGUCGGUGCCACAAACUGGAUUCGUACAGCGUGUCAAAGCGAUGCUUGAGUCAAAGGCGAUCAACGAUGCAGCCGUGGCUCAGACCGAGAGCGAUGAGAAGACUCAUCAGCAGCAGAUGAUCAUGCGUGAGCAAUACAUGCAGGAGUACGCGAACGAGCAUGAACAAGAGGAGGUCUCAGACUUGGUCGAGUUCCACGAGCUUGCUGCCAAUGAGACUCCGCGCUUCACUAUCAUCGAGGAGUUCGAGGCACCUGUUGAGCUGCCCGCCUCGCCUGUGAAGGUUCCUGAACUCGAUGCUAUCGAGACAACUGUCGCAUUGUCGACACAGCGCAUCACGAGAGAGAUGAUUCGAGCUGAAUUGGGACCUUCCAGCCCUGACAACACGAGCCAGCAAGUCAAGAACCAAGAUGGGUCCACCGACCGUAUGGUGAUGGAGAUUGAGCUGCGAACGCCUCACCCCUCACACCAGGUUGAGACCAGAGCCGAGGACCUUGACAAUCAGAUUGACACUGAUGCUGUCAAUCUGCAUCUGCAGUCACACACUCCGAACGACACAGCGCCUGAGAACGCCACGACGACCACGACGGCCACGAUCGAGGCGUCAAUCCCAACUGGCAUGGACUACGCACUGCGCUUCACUGCACCUAUUGACACUACCAUCAUUUCGACCGAUGAGACGCAAUCAGGGAACCCUUUUGCUCUGGAUGCCGACACUAUCACUUUCCAGCAGCAACAGAGCAAGGAUGGCACCACACAACCCGAGUCUCACCAGGAGCUGCAAGAUCCGGACUCGCCUGAGCAGGUGCGAGGGACCAGAGAGCGAGCGCAGGCUAUCUCCUCUGGGCCAAUUAGUCCUCUUCGCUCUGACGACAUCGUCAAGCGAUCCUCGGCCGUGAGUCCAUUGCACACUCAGACUCUCGGGAUCGAUGGGACGCUUCAUAUGGCAUCUCUCAGCGGCAUGACGAGCUCGGAAGAGCAGACCGAUUCAGAUCUUUAUGCCGAGGACACAAUGCCGCCACCCACUCCACGUACGCCCAAGACAUAUUCCAAGUCGGUUCAGCUUCAUCCGCGAUCACACAUCGAGAGUGCUAGCACAGGUACCAACACCAAUAGAUAUUCCCUUCCUGGCGAUAUGAGCACCAUCGGCGACAUGACCGGCUGCAGUGCUUCGGACAUGGUGACUGAUGUCGCCGUGCGGUUCUCGCUUCCAGGAACUACCAUCACCAUUGGUAAACCACAUAUCGUUGAUAUCUCAGCGGGCUCCACGCCUGACAAACCAAAGUUCGACUUUGGACUACCACAGCAGACUCCUCAGCGUGCGCUCGAGAAGACCGCUCGCCGCACGUCGUCUGUCACAUUUGCCGAUGAGGUGGCUCCACUCAACAUCUUCAAGAAGUCCGAGCCGCUUCGUCCACUUUCGAACAUCAAGGAGACAUCAGCUUUCCCCAAGACCAAGUCUAUCAUCCGGAAGCAAUCGCCACGUGCGGACUACACCAUGGAUUCGGGCAAUGGCUCUCGUGAAAGCACGACGGAUUUGCGCUAUUCUGCCAUGAAUCAAUUGAACGGCAUUACCAAAGGCUUUGAAAGCACGUACCUCCCUGGCCUGAAGGAGGAAUCUGUCGAAGAUAUGAGUAUCUCAGACCGCAAGCGUUCUUCGGACCUCGGACAAUUUCCUUUGCCAGCUCGGAUCGCAGCUGUCAAAGCCAUGCAAGAACGUCGUCUGCAAGAGUCAGCCGACAAAUCCAAGGCUCGUCGUCAAGCCCGUCAGCACAACAGAUCGAUUGCAGAGACGAGAGACCUGCCUUCGCUCAACUUCAGCCGCAUGGAUCUGAUCGACAAACUCAACGAAGCUUUGGAAGUACGUCCGGCGAAGUCACUCGAGACAAUACGCCGCCGCGACUUUUCUGGUAUCCAUUGUCCUUCUCCACAGCGCCCUCUCAGCACUGAGCCCUUGAGGGAUCGCUACACGAGCUUUUUCAACAAGCCCGAAGACUUCAGCUUCUUCGACGACUCCAAUGACAGUAACGACGAGGAUGAAGAUCAUCUUCAACCCACAGCUGACAAUGCUCUGGUACCGACCGUCCAAAUCCAAGAGCAGACCGAGAUUGAAGAGGUCGAGCGUGAAAAAGAGCGACCACUCUCUCCGGAAGACUUCCUCAGCGUCGCUACUCAGGUCAAUCGACUUUCCAUUCCUUCGGUCAAUGGUCUAUCUGAGCGACUAUCGGAGUUGAUUCCUGGUUUGAAGAACUUACAGAACCUCCAGCUCGACGGUCUGUUGGCCUCUGAGUACGACGAGUCGACCCGCGGAAAUGAGCUGUCUCGUCGACCUGACACAGCCUUCUCCAAUCGGACCUCCGCCGGCUUCCGUACUCUCGCCGAAAGGGCUGAGGAAAUCGUCAAGAAUGGAACGCACGACUCGAUCGUUGCAGCCAUCAGAGCGUUGAGCUUGAACAAGGAGCUGCCAGCUCUUCCAGCUUCUACUUCGGUUGACCAGUUGGCGGGUACUGCGUCGCCCGAGACUCAGCAGGCAUACCUCAGUGGGUCUGUCUCAGCUCCUGUUGACUUGUGCAGUCCUGUCCGUCCCAUGUCGGCACUUCUGCGGCACAAAGCUCCAACUACCGAAGAUGAAGUUCGUCAGCUGCUUCCAAUCGAGAUGAACCCCAUUGCUCGCAACGCCCGUCGCUCGAUGGUCCUCUCACAGCCCAGCAGCCGUCCAUGGAACCUCGAUGAGAACUAUCCUUGGUCUGGUAACAAAGUCGAGAUUGAUCUCUCGGUUCCUGAUCAGGCUCACACCCGCGAGUCUUUCACGAGCGAACUCCAGCGACAACGUGGUACCAAAUCGCUGGAUCUUACCGGACCAAAGGACACUACCGACACUCGUGGCAUCGAUAUUGGCUCCAUCUAUGACACCCGUCUCGACUCGUCCGCUUCGUUGACCGCCGAACAAUUGACUGGCGUCAGCAGCCCACCCCAGCACGCCCGUAAACAUUCGAAGCGUUCCAUCAUCGGCUCGAUCUCCAAGAAGUUUGGUCUUUCCCGUGCUGCUGGCUCGAACACCGCGAACAACACCACCACUAUCACCGACCUGGAAGACACCACGACGAAGUCAACUCUUUCACCUCGGUCGCCCAUUCCCGGUCGCAUCUCCUCCGCGGAUCACCCUUCCCACCGCGCUGGCGACCGCUAUCCCACUUCAGCUCUCACUCCACCCGCAAACUUCAACCUCGACGAAGUCCGCUCCUUCUUCUCCGACAACUCUUCCGAGCGCGAACGCACUGCUUCUUUCCGCAAGCGACUCACGUACUUCAAAUCUCACGCCUCCUACAACCGCGAGCACGGGACUAAGUCCAAGGCCGGCACCCGCAGUGGUACGGCCAAUCGGAAUCGCUCUCUCGAUCACGACGGCGCCGUUGGAGUGGGCAGUUCGACGCUCUACGAUGCUGGAUCGAUGGUCAGUCGAACUCCGCAUGCCGGCGGUGGAGUGACGAGCAGCGCCAAUCACUACGAGGGUGUUGUGGGCAUGAGCAAGACGGAGUUUCACCUCAAGCGCUUUGGCGAGAAGUUGAGACUGUUCUUCGCCAAGAGUGGAGAGUUGGUGAGGGGUUGGAGUGUGAAGGAUGGGAUUGGGCGGAGGGGAGUGAGAGGUGGACAGCAGGUGGAGGGGGAGGACGAUCAUCGAGAGUGGUUGGCGGAUUCGUUGUAUUCUGUGCUGUUAUACCUCCUUAACGGGGCGCACCCGGACUCUCGGAACUUGAGCACAUCCAAGCCCGAUCUGCAAACACACGAACUUCCACUUCUCCGCGUGAAGUCGCCUCACUUGAUUCUGUACCUCAACAACAAAACCGCGAAAAUGGGCUUCCCGGCGACCUCGAACCACCCGACCAACGAGCAGGAGCACCGCUCUUCGAUCUGGACUGGCCCGACGGAGACAGAGUGCGCGGAAAAAUACCGCGAUAUCACCAAUUUGGAGACAAUUGUCUUCACCGCGGUGAUGAUUCUCUUCCUGCUUGAGGAAUGGCAACCCUCUCGCAAAUAUCUCCAGGUCAUGCCACCAUGGGUCCAUCUGGUUGUCUGGCUGGUUUCCGUGGGUGUGGCGGUCUGGCACGCCGUUUUCGAGUUUUGGGCCGGCUUUUGCGAUCCAGACAUCGUCAUGGCGGCGCUGAAGGUGGAUUUGAGCUACGUGCUCAAAAUCGGCGGCUCCUUCGUCUCGUUUUGGCACUUGGUGGAAGAGGUUGAGUGGGUGCGGCCGCUCCCUCCGGGCCGUCGCUGGUAUCGUCGUCGUUUGCGCUGGACGAAGGACCCUGAGCCUCUCCAGUCCUUUUGGCGGAAGAAGAAGGCGGAUUGA